AUGGAUUCAACUGAAGAAACGCCACUGUUGAACAAUAAAUUAACUCUGGGCGACAAAAUGCGACAAACUUUAAUUUGUAUUAACUUCAAUUUACAAAGAAUUUUAAAGUUUUUGAAUCAUAUUUUCUGCAAAAGAUUUGGUGUAUCUAAAGAGAAACACGUUGGAUCAAUUGAAUUGACCUGGAACCUGUUGCAAUGUAAAAGAAUCAAACCAAAUUUCCUCAUUCGACCAAAAGUGUUUUACCUAGCAGUCCUCGCCUCAUCCAAGCGCCACAAAAUUGACAGAGUUUCAUUGAAACGUAAGAACAAGUUGUGGAGGUCCAAGUUUUGUAAAGUCAAGCCCUCAACUUACAAAAAUCGUCUGCACUUUAGAAAAAACAAUUAUAGAGAAAUACGAGAAGAAUUUAAGCCAAAGUUAAAAUUAAGUAAAAGCCUUCUCAAAAUUUUUAACCAAAAUUAG